AUGAUACUUAUUUCGAAUCUCGAUCUAUACGAUGUCGUCGAAUAUACGAUAAUAAUAAAGAAAUUCUUACUUACUUGUUUAUUUAUAUCUAAAUGAACGACACUUUCCUAUUAUCUAUAUUUCAUUGGAAAAUGUACUUUCGAAAAGCAACAAAUUGAACGAUCGUCUCUUGGGAAGAGUCAAAGGGCAUGACAGGAAUUUGCGGGAAAUUCAAAAAUCGAAAAGGCGCCAUAAUACGAAUUCCGUAACGAAGCUUAAACGUAAAAGAAAACAAAGAAGAAUUUUGUAAAUAUACGUAGUAUCUACGUAAGAUCUUUUCGUUCUAUCGUACGAAAAUCAUUCCUGAUUCGACGAAUUUUCUCUUCUUCUUUAAUUCACUCUUCACUAUUACAAACAAAGGAAAAAGAAGAAAACAGAUAUCUUCGGAGAAAAUGGAUUAAUAGUAAAGGUUGUAAUAGAAAUAAUUUACCUUCGGAACGUAUACUUCGAUAAACGCAAUUUCGAUCUACUGACGAUAUCCUCUAAAUGGGUGUUGUCAAGGCCAAACGAUAGAACGAAUCGGGUGAAUUUAUUUCCGAGAGAUCUUAACGAAAAUAAAUGUUUCUCGCGAUUGCAUUCUACGAGAGAACUAUUCGUUGAAUCGCGUCCGUUGCUCGGUCUAAAACAAAAUGGCGAACGCUGUGACAAAGGUAGUAUUACGUUGUGAAGAAGCUCAGGAGAAUGAAAAUCUCGAUUUGUCUGAAUGCCAGUUAAUGCAAAUACCGGAUGCGGUUUAUCAUUUGAUGAGACAUACAGAAUUGAAAAGAUGCGAUUUGUCUGGUAAUGUCAUAACAAAGAUCCCGCCGAAAUUUGCAGUGAAAUUUUCCCUUAUCACUGAACUCAAUCUAAGUCACAAUCAAAUGAGUAAACUCCCGGAAGAACUUGCUGAACUACAAGCAUUGGAAAGACUCAACAUUUCGCAUAAUACUUUUAUCGCUUUGCCACCUGUUACCUGCCAGAUACCUCAGCUUAAACGACUUCUUGCCAAUAAUAACUCCAUCAUCGACGUCGAUGUUGAGAGAAUUAAACAUGCACCGGCGUUGGAAUACAUAGAUUUGCAAGCGAAUCCAUUAACGCCAAGAAUGUACGAUCUUCUGAGUGCCUUGACUCGUAUCAGAGUGGAAUUAACUCCGCGACAAGUAGAAGAAUGGGAAGAUUUGACGGUCUGAAACUGAUCUUUAGCCUGACUUUAGAACGAUGAAAGAACCAAGAAGAGAGAGAUAUUAACUUUGUUAAAAAAGAGCCAGCUGGAAGCUUUCACUUUUUACAAAUAAGCUUUACGGCACAACGUUCUCUGCAAGGAUUCGUUCAAGACUGCAAGAAGUAAUCCUUGCAUAGUUUAAGAAUUUAACAAAUAUUUUGUACAGUGAUAAUACGACUGACACUAAGUGAAUAUGCAAGCGACUGUAUUAUAUAUAUAUAUAUAUAUAUAUACAUAUACAUAUACAUAUAUAAAUAUGUAUAUAUAAAUAUUGAUCGAUUUCUAUUUUAAAAUGCUAAUUUUAAACAUUUCUAUUAUUUGCAUCUCAUUAUUCGAGAUAUCUCCUCAAUAAUAUUAUAUUUUUGAUUCGCAUUUAAUCGAAUCGGAGAAAUCGAUUGCUCUUUUUAAUAGUAUUGUUUCUUAGACUUAGUUUUUUAUCUACUUGUAUGCCCCUUCAAUUUAUUCUAAUCGAUAGCCGUUAAAAAAUCACAAAAGGAAACAAAUUAUUAUUACUUUUAUCCGACAAAUUUUUCUCUGAAAUAUGUAAGAGAGUACAAUCUACUUAUUUAUUUCAUUUUAUAUAUUUUAGAACUAUAUUAACAGUAUACAACUGCCAAUCUUGCGGUUGAUCGAUCUUUGACAAUAACAUUGAUUUUCUUUAAUGAAAGAGUAAGGUAACAAAUCUUUCUCUUAGCACAUACACAUAUAUAUGUGUGUAUAUAUAUAUAUAUAUAUACACAUAUGUAAAGUAAAUAAUAAAUAUAAGAAAAAAGGUUAUAUAUCUGAAAAUAACAAAAUCGCCUCUGCGAUUAUUUAUAUUUGUAAUUGUAUAGAAAAGAAAAAAAAUUAAUCCGCAAAUGUAUGUGCAUGUACACAUACACAUACGCAAAAUUGUAAAUUCAACACUCUAUCGUAACGUAUUGUUAAUCUAGUCAUGGGACGUUGCAAUAAUGUAUUUAAAAAAAUGAGAGAGAGAGAGAGAGAGAGAGGGAGAAAGAAAAACAAAAGCAAUUGUUUCCUUUACUCUCUUAAUCAAGAAAUGUAAUAAAAUAACAAAUAAAAGAAAAAGAAGAAAUUUGAUGCUACCUUGAUUUUUAUUGACAUCAAAAUGUGUGUGUAUGUCAUAUCAGAGCACGCAUACAUCAUACAUAUGCAUACAUAUAUACUCACACGACUUUCCUCUCUCUCUGUGUCGUAGUUUUGUUUUCGAACAACAAUAAUAAUAAUAAUAAUAAUAAUAAUAAUAGUAAUAAUAAUAAUAAUAAUAGUAGUAGUAAUAAUAACUGAUAAUCUACGACAUAAUCAAUAUAUAACAUUGCUGUGUGUGAGUAAUAUGUUUUCACAUUUUAAUGUAUAAAUCGGAGUCACUUUAAACUCGCGACAUACAAGUAGUAGACGUAUGCUAGUCAUAUACAACACGUGUAAAUGAGUUAUAUUGGUUUACUACAUAUAUUUUCUUAUUAACAUAAUAAAAUAAUAUAAUAAUAAUAAUAAUAAUAAUAAAAUGUGUAAUGAGUCGCAGAAUUAAUUAUCUACAAUACUUGUUCGUCGUUAUGAAAUCACAAAAAAAUAUACAUUACAAAAUAAUAAUAAUAAUAAUAAUAAUAAUAAUAAUAAUAAUAAUAAUAAUAAUAAUUAAAACAAUAAUUGAACAUUGAUUAUUAAAAAAAUUUUACUCUCGCAGAUUCAUCCAUUCUUUCAAUCUCUCUCUCUCUCUCACACUCUCUCGCAAGAAUACUGUCUCGCAAAUUGAUAAUAAUGAUAAUUUUUUUUCAACGUUUUGCGAUAAUAAAUAAUUCCGUUAAAUCGCAAUACCGAAGAAAAAAUGCAUGACACGUGCGUACUAGGAAUUGUACAUACACGUCAUAUAUAUAUAUGUAUAUAUAUAUAUAUAUAAUAACUAAAGAGAUUUUGUUCAGAAGUAAUUGAACAAAGUCUUUAUUAGGUGCUGUAUGUGUACGUGUGUAUGACAAUAGAGGGAAAGGGGGAGAGAAAAGGUUUAUUUACAAACCUUUCAUUAUUUUCAGUGCUUGCAUAUUUCAUUAUAUACCGAAAGCUACGCUUUAAUAAUUGAAUAUAUUUAUAAUGUGUGUGUGUGUGUGUGUGUAUGUGUGGGGGGUGCGUGCGUACGUGGGUAUGUUGUAUGUAUGUACAUAUACAUUAAUACGCAAGAAUAUUAUCAACUGCCCGAUGUGAUUUUUUUAUUAGUUUGCGUUUAGAAUCACGUUUAGAAAUAGGACGAUAUUCUAUAUAGGCUUCUGCUAUAUUAAGCAGCACAAAGUAGGAACUACUUCCAAGCUUAGAUCAAAAUGAAAACACUUUUCUAAUAAAAUUUAUAGAAACUGUC